ACAUACACAUAACCUAAUAUAUUUAAAACAUAUUAAACGAUUCCUAAAUAACAAAAUGCUAGCCAAAAAAAAAUUACCGGACGUAUUGGAUCAAAGGUGCGUAAAUGGUCUUAAAAGUAGAAACCGAAGUGAGUAGCUAAAUGCUCGAUCAUCAAAGCAAAAUAAGUGCAAGUCAUUCACGUCAUCUACGAUCACAUCACAAUCACGAGUGUUAAUUCACGGCCGAACUUUCGCUUGUGUUUGUUUCGUAUGUAGUUCCGUGUAGUACCCAAUGCUUAGACAAUCUAGACAUUACUUUCUUAUUACCUUAUUAUCUUGGCAAGACUGAACUGUUAGCGAUUAUAGUGACAUAUAAAUAUUAUUGUUAAUUUUUUCCCAAACUUUGCACUGUUACUUCACUGUUUGCCGUUUGAAUUUUCGCUGUUCACACAUGUAAAAAAUUAAUAUACGAAUUAUGAAAAUAGAUACUAUAAUACACAUUUUUCAUUGAGAAGCCCAUUGAAAGCAAUAGAAAACAAGUUGUUCUUAUCAGUUCUUAAACAAUGUGUUAAAAUAAGCAUAUACAACAAAUAUUGAAAACUGUGCAUGAUUAUUGAUACAUUGAUGCUUUUGAUUUUGAGCAAAGAUAUAAUUGUCAAUACAAGAUUUCAACACGUGCGAAUGAUAAUUUGGUGGAACUAAUAUCAACAUUGCAAUAAUUAAUAUUCAUCUCGUACCUACGUCAUCAAGUAUUGUUAUUAAAUUAUCCGAUAAAUAGCAUUUUCGAAUUAUGAUUAUUUAGUUGCAUUUCUUUUCCCCUUGUUAAUUUUAUUUUAUAUCGAGAAUAUUAUUAGAAUUGUUAACUUCUUCCGUAAUUUGUGAUUCUUUGUUCUACCAAAGAUUCUUCGAUCUUUUCAGUUAUUUUAAUGGAUGAAGAAGACUGUUAUAUGAAAAAAGAAGCUCAAGGUAGCUUUCACUCCAAGAAUCUUGGAUCUAGUCCUUCAUUUAUGACAGAGAGUGAAGGUCUAGAUUCUACAGAGAAACAUGGUGAUCUUGGAGACAUGACUUUUUACAUGGCUAAUUAUAUUAAAGAUGCUAUGAAAAUGAUGUUCAUUAUGCGUAGUCAUCAUAUGCUCACUGAUGUCAUAUUAGAAGUGGAAUCAGAAUUAUUUUAUGCACAUAAAGUCAUUUUAGCUGCUGCUAGUCCAUACUUUAAGGCAAUGUUUACUGGAGGUUUGAAAGAAUCUGAAAUGUCUAGAGUAAAACUUCAAGGUGUCAGUCCAACAACUAUGGCACGCUUAAUGUACUUUAUGUAUACUGGUCAAAUAAGAGUUACAGAAAUUACAGUAUGCUCCCUUUUAUCAGCAGCCACCAUGUUUCAGGUUAGUAAUGUCAUAGAUGCGUGUUGUGUAUUUUUGGAAAGACAAUUAGAUCCCACAAAUGCUAUUGGAAUUGCUAAUUUUGCUGAACAGCAUGGUUGUCAAAAUUUAUAUCAGAAAGCAAAUCAGUUUAUUGUUCAACAUUUUAGUCAAAUAUGUCAGGAAGAAGAGUUCCUACAGUUAUCUGCAAUACAAUUGAUUGCACUUGUGAGAAAAGAUGAAUUAAAUGUACAAGAAGAAAGAGAAGUAUAUAAUGCAGUUUUAAAAUGGGUUAAAUACAAUGAAGAAGCUAGAGGACCAAAAAUGGAACAUAUAUUACAUGCAGUGAGAUGUCAAUAUCUCACUCCUAACUUCCUUAGAGAACAAAUGAAAAAUUGUGAUGUUUUGAAAAAAGUACCUGCAUGUAGAGAAUAUCUUGCACAAAUUUUUAAAGAUUUGACUCUUCAUAAAAAACCAGUGGUGAAAGAAAGAACUCCUAAUACUCGUAGAGUAAUAUAUAUAGCUGGUGGUUUCUUAAAACAUUCUUUAGAUCUUUUAGAAGGAUAUAAUGUAGAUGAAAAAACUUGGACUCAACAUGCUAAAUUAAUUGUUCCAAGGUCUGGAUUAGGUGGAGCAUUUUUAAAGGGUAUGUUUUACGCUGUUGGUGGAAGAAAUAAUUCACCAGAUAGUAGAUAUGAUAGUGAUUGGGUUGAUAGAUACAAUCCACUCACAGAUCAAUGGAGAGCUUGCAGUCCAAUGUCUGUUUCAAGAAAUCGAGUAGGAGUAGCUGUGAUGGAUGGGCUGCUAUAUGCUGUAGGAGGUAGUGCAGGUGUAGAAUAUCAUAAUAGUGUUGAAUGCUAUGAUCCAGAACAUGAUUCUUGGACUAAUGUAAAGUCAAUGCAUAUCAAGAGACUGGGAGUUGGAGUAGCUGUAGUUAAUAGAUUACUUUAUGCCAUUGGUGGAUUUGAUGGAACGAACCGAUUAAAUUCCGUAGAAUGUUAUCAUCCUGAAAAUGAUGAAUGGACAAUGGUUUCAUCUAUGAAAUGUAGUCGAUCAGGAGCUGGAGUAGCCAAUCUUGGACAAUAUAUAUAUGUGGUGGGAGGAUAUGAUGGAACUAGGCAAUUAAAUUCUGUAGAAAGAUAUGAUACAGAAAGAGACAUAUGGGAACAUGUUAGUAAUGUCACUAUUGCUCGUAGUGCACUUAGUGUUACUGUACUAGAUGGAAAGCUAUAUGCAAUGGGAGGGUAUGAUGGUGAACACUUUUUAAAUAUAGUAGAAAUUUACGAUCCUGCAAAAGAUACAUGGGAACAGGGAGUACCAAUGACAUCUGGAAGAUCAGGUCAUGCAAGUGCAGUAUCAUAUCACCAAUGUCCCAUUCAUUGCGACCAUUUAGAUCAUAAUAUACCUUUAGAAAAAUGACCAUCGUGAUAUAUAUAAUUGUUAGGCAUUAAUUUACAUAUUGGUAUAAAAUAUUUAAAUUGAGGAAAAAAUUGUAUAAAAAAAGCAAA